GAACUUUACGGUACAAGAUUCACUUCCUUCUUCAUGGCAAUAAGCAGAGCACUAAGAAAAAUCUAAAAUUAUUGAAUUAUUUAUUUCCUUAAAUGUAAAUAUGUUGUCGUAGCACUUAGCCUGUAACUAUAAACCAAUAACGCAGUUUAUGUUGAAAUCUAUAAGAAAGAAUGGUGUCUGAGUUAUCCAAUAGCUUAUUGAAAUAUUAACUUUGUUUGAGCCUUUAUCUAUUCCUAAAUCCAGCAACAAAAAUGCGAGUGUCAUUUAAAGUAAAUUACAAGUGGCACCUGGGACAUCGAACGGGGGCUCACUGAGAUUUGCAUAUCACAGAACCUCUAAGUAGUUUACGACGGCUGGCAGUCAUUCGUCAUAGGGACAGGUAGGCUACGUUUUAUGUGUAAUAUACUUUAGCCUACUACUGAGCCGCAUCUCGAGGGUGCUCGACUGUGUCGCUUUGAUUGGAAGGAUUCCCAAGACCGUGUGGUUGUCGUUUGUCAUAUGAUUUAUGGUCCAGUGGUGAAUGGUACUGUAAAACAAACCCGGUACUGGCGCGGCCGCCGUGUUCCUCUCUGAUCGUUAGUUAGCCGGCUGCAGCUGAGUCAGACAGUCUCCUCACCCUGCGACAGCCACUCUGCCCUGCCCGGGGUGUCAGCGUUCCCGUUGCCGUCUUCAGCGCUAGAGUGAACCGGUGGACUUGUGGAGAUAUUCCGAUCGGACCUGCUUAAACAUUGGCGCAUGUCUCGUUGUUUUCCGAGUUUGCCAGAGGACUCAGGAAGAGCGUGAUAUCGAUCAUAGCGGAUAAUGAGAUUUUCUUUCAAACACAUAAUGAGUGCUCUUUUGUGGAAGCAGAAUCAAUUAAUGGCUCUCUUCAUCACAGCUCUCCUAUCUAUCUCAGUUGCCAUGGUGGGAGUAGGUGGGACUACUGCAGCCACCACUCCAUCCAGUGUCCACUCAGUGAUCCAGUGCCAUGACUGGGGCGAGUCAGACGAUGGAGCCGUGAGGGUGAUGGAGGGGGAGGCAUGCUGGCUUCUCUGCCCUCUCUUCUCCCACCCCACUGUCUACAACUAUAGCUCGGCCCAGGCAGCAGGCCUCAACCUGGUGUGGUACCACGUGAGUGCAGGUCAGGACCUGGAACAACCCAUCGACUUCCACCACCCCGACCAGAGGCUCAGCAAGGAGAGGGAGAGGCUGUGGCUGCAGCCUACCACCACGCAGGACGCGGGCCAGUACAUCUGCAUGCUGAGAAACAGGACAUCGUGUGCCAAGAUUGCCAUGCGUCUGGAGGUGUUGCCAAGUGGACAGGACCCCAACUGUGAGGUGAAGGCUGCUGUACCUCCCACCCCAGUCAUCGCGCCCAUACAAGAUGGCAGGACCCUAACCUGCCCUGACCUGGAGCACAUCAAGCUGCCUAACACUAGCCACUCUGUCACCUGGUACCAUGGGUGCAAUGCGUUCGGGAACUUCAACAUCGAUCGUGUGCUCAAAGGAGACAAGCUGGUCAUCCAUGUAAUGUUGGAGCACUACCAAGGACUGUACCACUGUGUGGUCACUUAUGAGACCAAAGGAAGAGCCAUCAAAUUCACCAGGGUGGUCAAUGUAACCGCAGUGUCUUCCAGUGGUUUACCCAAACAGCCAAAUAUACUCAACCCUGCCAAGGAGCAAUUCUAUCCUGUCAAACAAGGGUCAGAGGUGAAUCUCACAUGCAGGGUGUCAUUGCCCUACCUGGAAGGACCCAGGGAGACCUGGUGGACCAUCGAUGGGAAGACUGUAGAUCAGCUAGCUGAUCCCCGCAUCUCAUUCACUUCUAGGGUGGUGUUGGAUUAUUUUGGGGACAGGACAGUUGAGAAUGUGCUCCGCAUCCAGGACUUCAGCUCAGAGGACCUGACCAGAGAAUACAACUGCUCCGGACGCAACGGCCGAGAUGUAGCCACCCGCAGGGCAGUGCUAGAAGAGGAGGUAUACCUGCCAUCCGUGGAGCUGGGCUGUGGCCUGGGCGUGACUCUGUUCUUGAUGCUGGUGCUGUUCGUGGUCUACCACAUCUUCUGGCUGGAGCUGCUGCUGCUCUAUCGCUCCUGGUUUGGAACCGACGAACGCUGUACAGACGACAAGGAGUAUGACAUCUACAUCUCGUACGCGAGAAAUAGCGAGGAGGAGCAAUUUGUCCUCUUGACACUCCGCAGGGUCCUGGAGAAUGAGCUGGGCUAUACCGUCUGCAUCUUCGACAGGGACAGCCUUCCUGGAGGGACCAUCACUGACGAGACGCUGACCUUUGUGGGCCGCAGUCGCCGCGUCCUGGUGGUGCUCAGCCCAGGAUAUGGCCUCCAGGGGACCCAGGCCCUACUGGAGCUCAAGGCAGGGCUAGACAGCAUGGCGUGGGGUGGACAUCUGCGGGUCAUCCUGGUCCAGUAUAAGCCAUUGAGGCGGGGCGGCUGGGUGCGCGAGCUGAGGCGAGCGAGAGUAGCCCUGGCGUUGGUCCGAUGGCAAGGGGACAAAUCCAGCGAUCUGUCCUCUACGUUCUGGAAGCGACUCCGAGUGGAGCUACCUGUCAGAAGGAUUAAAGACUAGCUACAGAGCCAAGAUAGUAACGCUAUACCACUGCAGAAUAUAGCUAUAGACACACAGCGAGCAUAAUAACAUUGUGGAGACGCAACUUGCACUUAGAAUACAGAAUGACAUAGCAUAUAUGUGACAUACACACGCACGCCCACACACAUACAUACACACACACCAUUAUUACACUGUCAUUUUGUUUCCUUUUUGUGAGUGAGAAACCAUUCAUCAAUUUGUUUAGCAUUUUGUUAAAUGCUUAUUUGAAAGAGUCUCACAUUGUCUCAUUUUGUAUACUUUCAUAUUAUGUAAAUGUUUGUUAUCCGAAUAAAUGCAUUUUUUUCAUAUCUCAA